ACGAAUGUUGAAAACUUAAUCAAACAAGGCUUAAGAUGACAAGCGAAACCCACUUAAAUAGUUGAAGCAUUGAAGUAUCAUGAACAUGAUAUCCUCAGACGACAGCCCUUCCUGUACCAUCCUGGGAAGAUUACGCCGCACCAGUCGUCGGUGCAAUGCACUCUCUUCACAACAUCUCGCUUUGGAAGCAAACGUUCAGUCAAAAAGCCCCAUCCCAUCAAAAACACUUAUUUCCCCUGAGAAACAAAGGUCUGUCACAGAGGUUACUACCAAUGGACAUAAUCUCCGAAAGAGGAUAUUACCUGACAACAGACUUCAAACUUGCCAUGCAUGUGGGGACAAGUCAAAUACAAGUUGUCAUUCAAAGCCACAGAAAGAACUGAAUUCACAUGUGUCAAAGCAAAAAAAUAUUUUACCCCAACCCAAGUCUAAUCCACAUUGCCCUUCUAAGGUCUUGAAAGAGCCUGUGACGGGACCGACUAAAAAAGGGAAUGGAAGAAAAAGGAAAAAGUUGACUUUCUCAGAUUUGUCCCAGUGUUCAAAUGACUUAGCCACUGGGACACUAACAGAUACCUUGGCAAAAGAGCAUGAAAGCAAAACCCGCAAGAGAUGCAUUAAGACUGAAAAAGUAUCAAAAGGAACCAAAAAACAACUACCAACAAGCAAUUUGGUAGGGACUCAAAGAAAGCGGCAGAAUACGUCAAGAAAAUCAUUUGUCAAAAAUGAUUCUGAAAGAUCCUCACACCUUCACCAAUUUACCAGAAUUACAGAUAUGCCUAGUCUGCGAGGUGAAAGCAAUUUUUCCUUACCAAGCACACCAAGGAGAUGCAGAAAGCAACCAUGCCAGUUUCCAAGGCCCUGUCUCAGCUCCACUCCAGACCGUAGCAUGUCUACAAUCAACCCACUCCCUGUCCCCCUGUCAUCUGUAGAAUUUUGUAGGACAUUUCAAGAUUCCCUACCUAUUAGUGAAUGGAAGGAGUCGGAUACAGCCCCUUUAGAAAAGGCAUCAGAGUUGCCUGUAAUCCCCCCACGCAGGGGCAGAGGUCGGCCUAGGAAGAAUCGGAUUGCUGUGAAACCGCAGGGAAAUGAGAAAUGGACAAAGGCACAGCCCUGCUUCUCUGUUGAGUGCCCUCCAGCAAAACGCAGGUGCAGAAAGGGACCGAAGACGAGGGGAGAUGAUGAAAACGCCACCAACUCUCAGUCUUACCAGCGCUGUAGACCCAGGCUUGAGCCCCUGUCUGAGGCAAAGUCACCGGACCAAGUCAGGUUAAAUCCAGAUGAAACUACCCUGUCCUCAGACCUGUCCAUUGAACUGAGUCUACAAGAAGAUCAUCUGACCUCACUUUCUCUCCUGGAAGAACACGAAGAGGAGGAGGAUGAAGAGGAACUACCCAGUUUUUUGAUACAGAUUGACAAACAGCCCCCAAGUAUAACAGAGGGAAUAUGUGUUUGGUGCAAAUUUAGGAACUACCCUUUCUGGCCAGCAAUGGUGAAACGUGUAAACAGAAAGCUAAAAAAGGCAAGCAUUGUUUUUAUUGAUGAUCAACUGCUUGACAAAAAGAGGAUACGCAAAGGUUUUUCUGUGGCGCUAAAGACCUUGAAGCCUUUUGAUUGUGAAGAGGCUGAUCAACUUAUGGAAAAAGCCAAAGAGAAGUAUGAGGGUGCCAUCACAUGGUGCCGGGAGCUGAUUACCGACUAUAGAAUCCGUAUCGGAUGUGGCUCAUUCACUGGCUCCUUUAUUGAAUACUUUGCUGAUGACAUAAGCUGCCCAGUAAGGAAGAUGUACCCUCAGGGCACCUCUGCUCUCACCUUCCCCAGUAAACUCAUCAUGGAGGAGGACUACGUGGUCCUGGAUGACCAUGAGGACGAGAGCUCCAGCGAGCAGCAGGAGGAACAGGGUGCCAAGAAGCUCCUGCCUGACCGCUCAAAGGCGGCACGCAACCGUGCCAACGACAAGCUGGUGCACUUCAUCAUCAAGCAGCGCCGGGUGGAGAAGCGUCUGCUGGCAGUGAUCAGCGGACAGCAGCAGUCCAAGUGGCUGCGCUCCUUCCUGCGGGCCAGCCGGACAGUAGUGGACACCUACCUGGAGGACGAGGAGCAGCUGGACCAGGUGUACCUGUACCUGAAGGGGGUCUACGACCAGGCCCCCUGCAUCGCCCGCUGCCUGGCCGACGCUGAUCGCAUCCGCUUUGUUCUCGACGUCCUGCUCCCUGAGGCCAUCAUCUAUGCCAUAGCUGGUGUGGACAAGGUUUCACUGGAGAGAGCAGAGGACAAGUAUCUCAAAGGGCCAUGUCUUAGUAAAAGAGAGAGGGAGGAAUUUGACUUGAUGAUAGAACAGCAAAUGAAACCAUUGCGAAAGGGCCCUGCGUAAUGAAGGUCACAUGCUGUUUUUUGAACCAUUAAGCACCACACAGAACAAUACUGGGUCAAUAAAUUUGUUGGAAAAUAGACUUUGGAUGAAUAAAUGACUUAAACUAUGGAGAAUGAUUUGUGUCAAUAUUAAUAAUUUAAAAUGUGAAAAGUCAAAAUAAUUUAGUGUAACACAUUAGCAUUCUUGUGUUUUAACAAUAUUUCUAAAAAGAUUGUGCCAAAUAUAGAGAAUUGUUAACUGUUUAGCAAAAAGUGGGAUUGCAAAAUUAUUGAAAAGCAGGAAAUGUUUUCAUUUGUGCAGAAUUGGUGCAAGAUAAGGUUCACAAUUUUUUGAUUUUGGUAAUUGUGUCUCAAAUUCUGGUUUUAGUGUGUUAGCUUUUGAGAAAAACUGCAAUAUGUCCCCCACAAUGGCAUGAGAACAUUGAUAAUAUAUAUAUAUAUAUCAUAUCAUUAUACUAUUUAUAUUAUAUGACACAACACACAACCACUUCCAUUGUUGAUGCCUCAACUUUCAAAACAGCAACAGCAGGCAAAAGCAAUAAAAAAAUAAAUAUUAGACCAAUCAAAUGUUUAUUAUAAAUAAUUUGAUACGUAACUAUAUAAUAAUAUACAAAUAAUUAUGGAUUCAAAUCAUUACAUGCGUUUUCACCUUUUAAAUAGUUAAUAUUGGCAAUAGCCUAUUGGCACAAAUCUAGGGAAUCUCAAAAGGGAAAGUCAAAGAUUCACGAAAGUCAAAGAUUCUCAGAGUAAAAAUAUUGCCCCCAAAACGUUUUCCUUCCCUUUUUUGUUGUAACUACUUUUCUUUUACUUUUCCUAUUUUACGCAUGAGGUAAGAAAAGACAAUAAAUAAUACAAGAUUAAUAUAAAUAAUUUAUUGACUUAAAAAAACAAACAAUUUCCUUAUGAUAACCUUUUACUGACUUGUCACUUUUGGGAUUACUUAUGUUUUUAUUGUUUUAUCAGCCUCCAUUUUAAACUGCCACUGUGUAUUUUAUACGUGGUUGUCACAGUGCAGCCAUGUUAGCCAUGCUUUAUUUUUAUAUAAAAGGAAAAUACAUUCUGAAAUGAAUACGUCUAAUGUUUAUCAUGUUUCCAUUUAGCUGUUUGUGUGAUAUGCUCUAAACAUGUACAGUUCUCCUGGUGUAAAAGUAUUAUGUUCAACUUCAAUCAAAGAUCAAUCAUAAUCAUAAUCAUCAGUCAACCUAAUAAAGCUCCCAAAAUUUCA